AUGCCGAAAUCAAUCAUGGCGCCGGUGCGGAUGACUGUGUCUUUGGGAAUAAUUCUUCUAUUAGGAUGUCAUUUGGCUUAUUCUCUACCUGAUACCGACUCACCAGAACGCGAACAAUCUGAUAAAAUCAUUGAUUCAAAUAAUCCUUCUGUAAGGAAGGAAGAGCAUGACAAUGAAGUAGACGAACAAAGUAAGUUGAGCUGAUUCAACAGGCGUUCUGCUGCACAGGUCAUACAUUACGGUUUGAGCUGGUAUUGUUGUUGGUUACGCGGACUUUGAUCAUUCUGGCAAUUUGUAUUUUUCAUUCAAACAUCAGGUAAUCAAGUGCCCAAAGCCCCUGAGAAGCAUAUCCAGCGAUCCAAUGCUCCUGUGGCUAACUCUGACGAUGAAGUAGACCAAAGAGGUACCUAAAAUCUUCCGCUCAGGAGAUUUGUCUGAAAUUUUUUAUAGAGUCGUGGAACAUCGUUAAACAAGACCUCUUAUGUCGAAAUUGAACUAAUACCGUCUAAUUUGAUCCGCCUGAGCAUAAGUUUAGAAGUAUUUGCUUUUAUUUUCAAUGUAGGUAUUUUUUUUUCUCUUUGUUACAUCGGACUAUAGGGAGAAAAGCGGGCAAAAUCACAAGUAAUAUUUGCUGUUCGAGUCGACUGCGAUCGUGGUUCGAAGUCUACCCAGCAGUUAACAUGAACCUCUUCUUCUGGCAUGACAUUCUCAGUCUGUUAUGUCCAUUCAUGGAGACCGCUUUUUUUUCUCUCUUUAACAGUUUCAGCCCGCCUAUCUAUAUGUACAUAAUAACAUAAUUCUUUUUUUUUUGUAAAUUGAACAGGCUUGAAUGACUAUCGAACAGCUGUUUCUUGUGCUAGCAUUUCGUUUCCAGGAUGGUGA